CAAAAAUACAUAACAUUUGUCUCUUCUUACUAUCUAUCUCUCUUUCUCUCUCCUCUAACCUACACCAAGUACAGAAAACAAAGAUCAUCAACAUCAUCAUAAACAAGGAAACAUAAUAUUUGUACUACCAUUAACAAAUUUAGAAAGCAAAAAAACUCAUACAUGUGCAAACUAUAGGUUAAAAACAUUAAACAUGUCAUUUUAGCAACAUACUAUUCUUCUUUUUCCUUCAUUUCUUCACAUGCUACCUAACUUCUACCUGUAUAAUUAUACCCAUCAUUUUAAUCACCCAUUUUUUGUUGCUUCAUUCUCAUAAUAUUGCAUUUUAUAAGAUUUUCAUACAAUAAAAGUUUGUAUUAAGAGCUAGUUUUAAUGCCUAAUCCUUGGAAAACUCUUCUGAAAUUUAAGUUUAAGUUGAAGUCAAAAUCCAAGUCCAAGAUUCGAACCCCUGCCGAUAUGGUACGCAGAGUUGGGGAACUUUUGAUUCUUCUUCAUGAUGAUAAUGUCACAGUUGAUCAUGGCACUAAAUGGGGUGAAAAGAUGGAAGAACUAGGUAAACUCAUUGCAGAAGUUAAAUCCAUCCUUUAUGGCACUAGUGAAGCUGAACCUGUCCCGGAAGCUUGUACACAAGUAACUCAAGAAUUUUUCCGAGAAAAUACUCUUCGGCUCCUCAUAAUUUGCCUUCCGAAAUUGGACUUGGAGGCCCGAAAAGAUGCUACCCAAAUAGUAGCAAAUUUGCAAAGGCAACAGGUUAAUUGUCGUCUAAUUGCGUGUGAUUACUUGGAAGCCAACAUUGAUCUCAUGGAUACCUUGGUCUCAGGGUAUGAAGACCACAGACUAGCCUUGCACUAUGGUAAUAUGCUCAGGGAGUGUAUUCGGCAUCAAAGUAUUGCAAAAUAUGUGCUGGAAUCACACUUGCACAAGUUUUUUGAUUAUAUACAACUUCCAGAUUUUGAUGUAUCAUCAGAUGCUGCGGCGACUUUCAAGGAGUUGUUGACCAGGCAUAAAUCCACAGUUUCGGAGUUUCUGUCUAGGAACUAUGAUUGGUUUUUCAGAGAAUUCAACACUAAGUUGCUUCAAUCCCCUAUUUAUAUUACAAAACGUCAAGCUGCCAAGCUUUUGGGAGAUAUCUUGCUUGAUCGUUCAAACUCUGGCAUCAUGGUGCGAUAUGUGAGCUCAAAAGAUAACUUAAUGAUUCUCAUGAAUCUCCUCAGGGAACCAAGCAGGCCCAUACAAAUAGAAGCAUUCCAUGUCUUUAAGCUAUUUGCAGCCAACAGAAACAAGCCACCUGAAAUCGCAACCAUAUUGAUAGCUAAUCGAAGCAAGCUUCUUCGCUUCUUUAGUGGCUUUACGUUGGACAAAGAGGAUGAACAGUUUGAGGCUGACAAAGCUCAAGUUGUUAAGGAGAUAGCGGAAUUAUAUUGAAGCUGGCAGAGAUCCGAUAAUGGGUUUCGAGGAACGCCAGGACUCUUUAGAUGAGUUGAAGAAAUAUGGAAAUUUUGCUACUAGGUCGAAGGAAGUUGGUAUUCUUGGUGUGUUUGUUUGGUUGACUUAAAAAGUAUGGGAAGUAGAAAUCCUUGGAAAGUGAAAAACUAGGAGUUGUUUGGUUGACAAAACGUCAAAGCCAUAUGAGUGUCGCGACUCGCGUGUACUACCAUUUCCCACAUUUACAUCCCAUGAUCAACCAAUUCACCCAACUUAUAUCUCUAUAUUGUAUUCAUUCUAAUUGUACAUUGUGAGAGUUAGCAUCUGUCCUUAAAAUGGGAGAGGCGAAUUUGUAAAGACAGUAUAAUUUUGAUGGUAUGAGUGAUCAAAAGUUUGCCUCAA